AUGUCAUCCAUUCCACAAACCGAGCAACCCCUCAAUACAGCCCCCCCCUCCCCCACCGAAGAACACAAUCGUUCUCGUGUGAAAGACUACAUCACCAACACCUUAUCCAACCUCCUCACCGAACUCUGCUCCCCCGACGGCCACCCAUCUAUCACGAUCAAGCCCCGGUCUACGAAAGUCUCCACACAGUUCAUAAACCCGCAGACCGGGGCCCUGGAGACCCGUGCCUCUCAGGUAUGCACCACAUACACCUGGCCGGGGAAAGACUGCUACGAGGCUUGGAGGUUUACUGUCGCAAUGCGAGUUCUAAGCGGGAUCGCUGACGCGGUGGAAAAGGGAGUGGUGGUCUCGAAGCGAGAUAUAUAUUACAACGACCCGGCGAUAUUUGGAUCCCAGCGCAUCGUCGACAGACUGGUCGAUGACUUCGCGCAUACGGUUGGUGUGGAUAGAAUCGCACUGAACGUGGGCGCAGCAGCCAAGGGACUCGUCGUGGGAUCUGACUUUCAGGCCGCCGUGCAGGACACCCUUGUCCCGAGACCGCAGGAUAUCCAGAGUCUGGAGGUUUCCGAUAUCGAGUGGGUGCUCAUUCUGGAGAAAGAGGCAGUGUACCGGCGCCUCGCGGGGAUGAACUACCAUGUCCGAUCUACGGCGGGUCUGGGUAUUCUGGUCACCGGCAAAGGCUACCCUGACCUCAACACACGAGCCUUCGUUCGCCGGCUUUACGACGAAAGCAGGCACCGGCAAGCGAGCAAACGAAUACGAUUCUAUGCACUCGUGGACGGCGAUCCCGAUGGGAUGGCAAUCAUGUCGACGUACAAGUACGGGUCCCUGGCAUAUGCGCACGAGAACAGCGCCCUGAACUGCCCGGAGAUUCAAUGGCUUGGUCUCCGGACCUCGGACAUCGUGGCAGGUGUGGACCCCUCGGGGAACGAUGCCCUCCUCAGCUUAACCGAGAGAGACAGGAAGACGAUCCUGGCUAUGCUGUCCAAUAAUCCCGUGUGGGCGGUGGAUGGUCCUGAGCAAGAUGCACGCGCUGAGUUGCUGCAGAUGCUGAUGCUGAACGUCAAGGCGGAGAUGCAGAUCCUCUAUGAAGGCGACGGGGGGCUCGUCCGAUGGCUAGACCGCAGGAUGACGCACUUCCCGUGA